AUGAAUGCGUUGAGAACCAACAUCAUUGUAAGCACAUCUGUAUCAACACUGAAUCCAAUUAUACAUGACUGCUAUGAAGGCUUUAAACUUUCAACUGAUGGGUUUGACUGCACAAAACUUGCUAUAGACCCAUGUGAGAAUAUCACCCAUUUAAAUUGUUCGACUGGAUGUAGAAAUAAUUCAGGAAAUGCUGAAUGUUUCUGUGAGACUGGGUAUAGACUGAGUGCUGACAAUCACACCUGUGAAGACAUUGAUGAGUGUAAAGAAAAUCUUUGCUCCCAGAAAUGUACUAACAACAAUGGCAGCUAUAUCUGUUCAUGCUUUGAAGGAUAUAGGUUGUCAGAAGAUAAACUCUCCUGCACUCUUUGCCCUGAAGGUAAAUAUGGCCCGGACUGUUUGAGUGACUGUACCUGUCGUGGUCGUGCAACCAGAUGUGACAAUGUGAAAGGCUGCAUCUGUACAGAAGCUUGGUCAGGUCCCCAUUGUGAGGUGGAUGUAAAUGAGUGUGAAACAUUGGUGAACCCCUGUGCCAAAGACAAGAUUUGCUCCAAUUUGAAUGGAUCCUACACCUGUAAUUGUCCCUCUGGCUACCAGGACAUUAAUGGCAGCUGCACUAAUGUCGACGAGUGCCUUGAUCCAUCAGUUCAUAAAUGUAUGGGACAAUGUAUAGAUAACCCAGGAUCUUUCAUGUGUGUCUGUGAUCCUGGUUACAACACUGUGGGCACCAAUUGUUCUGAUAUUAACGAGUGUGCACUGGGUAUCUCUGAGUGUAGUCAUAAAUGUCGAAACAUGGAAGGGAGCUAUAACUGUGAAUGUCAUCCAGGUUUUGUACUUGGUGAUGACAGAAAAACUUGUGUCAAAGCUCUGGAUCCAUGCCAGGACUUCAAUGUCAGCUGUAGCGAUGCCUGUGACAUUGUGGAUGGCGUGCCGCAGUGUUUCUGUCAGAUUGGUUUUAUGCUUGGCACAGACAAUGAGACUUGCAUUGAUAUAAAUGAGUGUACAAGUGGAUUAAAUAACUGUACGAAAGGCUGUAUCAACAGAGAAGGCUCAUAUGACUGCUCAUGUUCAGCUGGUGAAAAACUGGCCAAUGAUAGGAGAAGCUGCAUGGACGAAUGUUCUAGGGAUGUUAGUGUUUGUCCAGAUGCCUCCACUUGUAAGAACACACCCGGGUCAUAUGUGUGUCAGUGUAGGAGUGGCUUCCAACUGAACAACACAAAAUGUACAGAUAUAGAUGAAUGCAUCAGCAAACCGUGUGAUCAUAACUGCAAAAAUGAAGAGGGCACCUACACAUGCUCAUGCAAUGAGGGAUUCUAUGCAACCGGAGACAAGUGUGUGGAUAUUGAUGAAUGCGCCCUGCCACAGGUGAGCAAAUGUGAUCAGCGUUGCAGAAACACACAAGGAGGCUUUGCAUGUGAAUGCUACCAGGGAUAUAUUCUCAAUACCACCACCAGAAAGACUUGCUAUACACAGAACUGUGGACAAGCCAAGAACUGUAGCCAUGGCUGUGCAUUUGAAAAUGGCCAAGAAAAUUGUUUUUGUCUUCCUGGGUUUCAGCUCGAUACUGACAACUCUACAUGCAAAGACAUUGACGAAUGCUCAAACAGUCCUUGUAUUAAUGGAACAUGCAACAAUCUCAACGGAUCAUUUGUCUGUCUUUGUGAUGAUGGAGAGAAGCUUGCUAAAGACGAACGUACUUGUCAAGUGUGUACAUCUGGGCUGUAUGGGAAAGACUGCAACAGUUCCUGCUCAUGUAACAUGACUAACACUGCCGAAUGUUCACCAUUUAACGGCACGUGUGUAUGCAAUGAUGGCUGGAAUGGCACCAUAUGUACAGAAGAUAUAGAUGAGUGUGAUGAUUCUUCCAAGAAUGUAUGUGUCGUCAAUGCUCAUUGUGAGAAUACUCCUGGAUCAUAUAAAUGUGUCUGCAAUAUUGGCUAUUUCCGAUCAUCCGAUGGAGACUGCGUCCCGUGUGAUGACACGUAUUACGGCCAGGACUGCCUCAACAAUUGCAGCUGCUCUGCAGCCAACACACAAGACUGUGAUAAUAUUAAUGGAACCUGUACUUGCAUGCCUGGCUGGACAGGCCCUAAGUGUGAUGAUGAUGUGGAUGAAUGCAUAGGAAAUGCCAGUUACUGUGAGCCUCUUGAAUUCUGUCAUAACCUGAAUGGGUCAGCUGAGUGCUUAUGCAAGAGUGGAUAUGAUCGACCAAACCCUCAUGAUCCAUGUCGAGACAUCAAUGAGUGUCUGGUUGUAGGACUCCACAAUUGCACAGAUCCUAGGGAGUGUAACAAUACAGCUGGUGGCUUCAAGUGCAUCUGUAAGAAAGGCUAUCUUGAAAUCAAUGGCACCUGUCAAGGGGGUAAAGAGUUCCCAGUGGAGAUUACUUUCUUCUUCAACGACAGUCAGAUAGACGCGUUUGGCGAUAUAUUUAACAGCACAUCAGAAGAUUUCAAAACUUUGGCUAAACUCGUGGAAGCUGCU